AAAUUUAAUAACAUGGAGAAGGCAACACGUUCUUUGGAAGUCACCAUUAUCUCUGCGGAAGGUUUACGCCUCGAUGGACGAUCUGUAAAGAAGAAUACAUUCGUGAUAGUAAGAACUGACUCAGAUAACCAGAGGUUGACAAGCAUGGAUAAGGAAGGAGGGAGUUACCCAUCAUGGAACGAGAAGCUAGAGCCGCCCCUACCUUUACCCAAUUCGGUUCAGUUGAUUACGGUGGAGGUGCAAUGCAAUACGUUUUCAGGAGUCAAGACUGUUGGAACAUCAAAGAUUCCAAUCUCAGAUUUCAUAGGAGAUUAUACGCCUCCACAGUAUUUGCAUUUCCUAAGUUAUCGCUUGAGGGAUCGCAAUGGCGAACGUAACGGUAUCAUUAACUUCUCUGUCAGGACGAUUGGAUCGCAAAGCUUUGCAGCGGCUUGGCCCGUUCUGCCGCCCCAGCCUUUAGGUUUUCCGGCGGUCGCGAAUAAGAAGAUCAAUGCUGCUAGUGGCAGUGGGAGUGAGAGUGGAAGUGGAACAGCCCUUGGUGUUCCAGUUCCAGUGCCCUACAAAUUUGGGAACGGGCAAGGGUAUGGGGUUUAAUUGUUGCUGCCAUAUCAUCCUGCCUUGCUAA